AUGGACUUCGAGCAGCGAGGAUGGGGUGCCGACAGUGCAGAGCCCUGUGACCCGGCCGUCCUGCUGGACGCCUUCUUCUUCGCGGCCUGGGUGGAUCUGCCUCGCCUCAUCCAGGCGCUGAGCAACCACAUCCAGUCUCUGCUGGCAUGUCCGCCUCGGAGGGUGCCGGUACCUGAGAAGGUGCAGCGAUUCGCCUGCGAGCUGCUGCGAGUCUCCUUCGUCGCCAGGCAAGGACAGUGGUCGUUUGUUAGCGACCAGCUUGCCGACAUGGCCGAACUCGCGGUCAUGACGAUGUGGGAUCGGCUGGGCGAUGACAG